AUGCAGCUUUGGAAACGUCGAUCCUUCGCCGUGUUGGCCAUUGUCCUGCAGGUUCUGGUCAUGCUGGAGCCAGGAAUGACCAUGACUAUGGACCAGUUUUUGUCGUCGUUGGAUAUGCUAAGAAAUGGCUGUGCCCCCAAGUUUAAGCUUCGUAUAGAGGAUCUAGAUCGGCUCCGGAAUGGGGAUUUUAAUUUCGAUCCAACACAUGACUUAAUGUGCUAUACAAAGUGCAUAUCCUUGAUGGCGGGCACAGUAAAUAAAAAAGGAGAGUUCAAUGCCGCAAAGGCGCUGGCACAGCUCCCCUACCUGGUUCCGACAGAGAUGAUAGAGCAAUCCAAACGGGCGGUGGAGAACUGCAGGGAUGCGCAUAAAGCAUUCACGGAGUCGUGCGAAAGGGUUUUUCAAACAGCCAAAUGCCUGGCUAACAACUCCGAAGGAAAUUUCAAGUGGCCUUAGGUUAAAGUAUAAGGAUUCAA